AUGAAACAAUUCUCCCUUAAUGUUCGCUUCUUGAUGAUGAUGAUGUUGCUUACCAUCAUUGGCGUGAUGGUGGUCAAGGGUGUUGAUCCUGAUGAUUUUAAUAUUAUUUAUCCUGGUGAGGAGGCUACUUAUAAUUUUGAUGACGAUGAUGAUGUUGUCUAUUACAAAUUAGAAUCAGUUGAGGCUACCAUGAAUAUGACUCUAUUGUCUGGUUUUAUUGAAGUUUGUUCCGGAAGAGCUAAUAUCUUUAUUAAGGAAUGUAGUGCUACUCCAGAAUCACCUUGUGAUUUCAGUGAUAAAUGGGUUCCAUCAGCAAUUAAUUAUGAUAGACAAUUUGUUAUUCAACCAACUGCUCCUUUCCAAUAUCCAACAGGAAUUUGUCAAGGAGGUCCAAAUGUUAAAUGUACCUCUCAAAUUGCUUAUUAUAUUGCCAUUACACCAGUUACUAAGGGUGUUGUUUCUAGAAUUGUAAUAUCUGGUUAUACCACUAAAAUUGCUGGAAGAGUUAAUUUAAUUACAACUGACAAUAGAGGAUUGAACUUUUUACCUAAUGACAGAGCUCUCUCAUUCAGCACUCCAACUUAUUGUGCUUCAGAAACUGAAGGAGGUUGUAAGAAUGAACUUGUUCCUACCCCAGCUUAUGUUGCUUGUAUGUCACCAAACUCUGCCACUGCUAACAUUGCUUCUGUCUGUGGUUGCAGAAAUAAGCCAAUCAACUUGCAAGGUUGUACUGAUUUGAAUGGCGUUACAACAUGUAGAUUGGAUAAGGGAAUUGUUUCAGAUUUGAAUUCUGGCUUGUACAGUAUUAACAUCUUGGUCAAUAAGGAAGAUAUUCCAGAAUUGCCUGAAUUUGCUUACCUUCCAUCCGUAUUCUAUUAUGAACAACCUUCAAAUGCUGUUGGUAUUGCUUUUGGCAUAAUCUUUGCUGUCAUUGCUGUAGGUGUAAUUGUUGGCGGUAUUGUUGGAGGUGUCAUUUUCUACAGAAAGUACAAAGCCAAGAAAUAUCAAGAAAUAAACGGUAAUUAA